CGCCGACCGGAUGGUGCCAGACCGGACUCGCUGUGUGCGGGCGCGCCCGACGCGGGGAAGGACCCAGUCCACGCCUUGCCUCGCCGCCAGGGCUGCCCCGGGGCCGCCGCGCGCCAGGACGGCAGGGUUCAGCGCGAGGUACAGCGGCGCUGCAGGGGGCCACAGGCAGCCAAAGGCUGGGCCUCCCUCGAGGCGGAAGGAAGUCGUUGUCCCGGCCCGCCCCUCCUCGAGCCGACGGGAGCGGGGUCGCCGGAAAUCAAGUGUGUCCACCUCGAGAGCAGGCCGUCGCUGGGUCCUGGCGAGGCGCUCCCUCGGCACGGCGCGGCGCCACCCUCGCCGCCGCCCCCUCGGCACCGCCCAUGGGGGGCCGAGCAAAGCCGCUCGGAGACAUCACGCCGCCGUGCUCAUGGCCCGGAGUGGCGUACGCGGGGCCCAUAGUGCAGUGACGACAAGUGGAGGUGACGGCGGAGCACGGGAGUGACGUGGAGCGGGCGUAGGGGCCCAGGCCCAAUGGAGUGACGUGGAGUGAAGUCGAGUGAGGGUGACGACGACCGUGCGGUCGGUGUGGCCGUGGAGAGCAGGGCGCCGGUGAGUGACGGGGAAUCCGUCGGCUGCAAGUAGAACCGAGUGACGAGAAGUAGUAUGACCAGCGCCAAAGUGCUACACGGAGCAGCGGAGAGCCGCGAUGCGCGAGUGACAACCAGUGAGUGACGAGUGGCGACGAGAGUGACAACUACAUACCGCGACGUGGAGGGCGAGUCGAGUUGCGCUGCGACAUGUGAGAGACGCCGAGCGAGUGACGAUGGCUCGGCUGCUGCUGGCGCUCCUCCUCCUCUCGGCCCGGGCGCGGGCCCAGUGCGGGGAGGUGGAGGAGGACCUCGCCAUCCGGGGGGACGCCAUCGUCACAGCGCUCCUCCCCCUGCAGGCGGGGCCCGGCUGCUCGGCGGAGGUCCCCCGGGGCCGGCGCCUCUCCGUGGCGGCGGUGCACGUCCUGGAGGUCCUGCGCCGACACCAGUACGUCCCUGACGUGGAUGUGGGGCUGCGGAUAGUGAACUCGUGUGCCAGCCCCAGCGUGGCCAGGAAGGUGUUGGUUGGUGCUUUCGUGGACCUUGAUUGCGAACAUCACUACUCUUUAGGUGUGCUAACGGGAGAAGACCUGUCUCGCUCCGAGUCCGUCUCCGAGCUCUGCUCCGGGCUGACGCAGGCGUUGUGGGGCGUGCCGGAGUCGCCGGACCCGGAGCCGCAGUACGGCAACGCGCUCGGCACCCUGUUGGCCGCGGGACCCUGGCCAGCCGCGGACGUCCUCACCUCCAGCGUGCACCAGGACGACGGCCGGGAUGAUGACGACGACGACGGCCCGGUCGGCGAGCACCACCUCGACGCGGCCGAGCACCUCGCCGACCAGGCCGUGGAGAACGCCCGGCUGCGCGGCGUGUGCGCGCGCCGCGGCCACGCGCCCGACGGCUUCCGGUGGUCGGGGCCGUCCUCGCGCGCGCGCGUCCUGGUGGGCGCCGAGGCCGCGCUGCGCCGCAUGCUCCGCGACCACGUGCUCGUGCCCGUCGAGGGCCCCGUCCCGCAGCUCAUCCUGGCGCCGCCCGACGGCAUCUGGUCCGAGGCCACGCCGCUGCCCCGCGACGCGCUGGUGCUGGUCCCGGACAUGUCGCCGCUGCGCGCGCUCAUGGCGCGGCUCGGCGAGCAGGCCCACAACCAGUCCGACGACGCCGUCGCCGUCCCCUUUCCGCCGGACCCGGAGGACGUGGCGGCCGCCGUGGGGCUGAACGACUUCCUGGCCGUGGGCCGCGCGCUGCUGCAAGCCGCCGACCUGCUCAAGGAGGGAAUGUCGGCGUUCUGCGAAGGACAGUCUGCAGAUGAAAACUCGACGUCGACGGGCACGCCGGCGGCGGCGUCGGGGCCGUCGGGGCAGGUGUGCGGGCGCCUGCCGCCGACGGGGCUGCUGCUGGAGGAGCUCCGAGCGUCGCUGCCGCCGCAGGACGAGGCCGCCGUCACGCGGCUGCUCGAGGUGCGUCAGGACGAGGUCGCCUCCAGGGCCGCGGCCUCGGCCACCUUCCUCCUGCUGCGCUCGCCCGGCCCGGGACGACCGCUGGUGCCGCUCGCCCACUACCGCGGCGGCAUAUGGACCAUCCCGGACGACGCUCUCGCCAAGGCUGACCUGGAGACGGUGGACUGCCCCCUGCUGCUGGCCAGCGGCGAGGUGGAGUGGGUGCGCGAGGCCUGGGUGGCCACCGUGCUCACCGUCGCCGUCCUGGGGACCAUGUGCGCCACGGCGGUGGCCUUCUUCAUAGCCACGAGAAUCCUCGCGGGUGACAUCCUGGAGGGAUCCGCCACGCUGUCCCUGCUGCUGCUGCUGGCCGUGCUGCUGGCGUACGCGAGCGCGCUGCCCUACUGCGCGCGGGGCUCGGGGCUGGUGCUGUGCGGGAUGCGCCUGCUGGCCGCGCCGCUCGCGCACUCGCUCCUGCUCUCCGUCAUGCUGGGCCGCGCGCUCAUGCUGGCCGCCUGCGACCACGACGGCGGACUGCUGUCGCACGUGUCCGGUCCCCUGCAGGCAGCCAUGUGCUUCUUCACGCUGGCCGUGCAGGUGGCGCUGAGCGUGCAGUUGAGCCUGCUGCUGUCGCCGGCCGUCUGCGGGUGGCUGUCCGGCCCACGCUUCCUCAUCCUGCUCUCCUACGACCUGCUCCUGCUCGCGCUCCUCGCCAUCACCGCGCCCUUCAUCGCCACCUCGAGGAGAAACUACCGCGAGGGCAUGUUCUUCGCGGCCACCACCGCGGUGCUGCUGGCGCUGUGGAUCGCGUGGGUGUCGCUGUACCUGGCGGGCAGCCACGCGUGGAGGGACGCGGCCAUGAGCGGCGGGGUGACGGCCGCGGCCACCGCCGUCCUGCUGGGCGUGUUCGUGCCCAGGACGUACCUCAUGGCGGGCGCCAUGGUGCGGGACAAGCUGGCCGCCCAGCUGCCCGCCUUCGCCCGCGACCAGAGCAUCACGGACCUGGCCUUCCGCGAGGCGGCGCGCGGCGGGGCGGGCGUCGCGCUGGGGGCGGGGCCUGGGGCGGCCCUGUACGACAGCGUGUCGCUGUCCGGGGCCGGGCCCUGCGGGUCGCUGGCGGGCAGCAGGGGCAGGCUCGCCAGGGCCGCCAGCCCCAACGUGUACUCGGACCGCCACGGCCACCGGACCAGGCCGACCACGCCGCUCACCCCAGACGGCAGCCUGCCGCGGUACGACGUGCCCUCGCCGCACAAGGUCACGAGGUUCUAGCCCCGACCUUGGAUCUGCCCCGAGGAAGGAAGAGGAUGGCUUUUAUGUACAUUGCAGUGCUGAAUAAAUGAGGACGAUGAGUUGUGAA